AUGCAGGCCCUUCGCAGGACAGCAGCGUCUGCUGUUCGAAAAGGCCGCACCGCCGUGUCCCGCCAGCAGCGCCGAUACGCUCACGAUGAGCACCACCACGCCCACAGCGAACCGGUCAACGAGUCUAUGGGCCUAGGCUUCUGGAUUCCCAUCGGCUCGAUCCCCGUCUUUACUGGCCUUUAUCUCGUCUCGCGAGGCGACGCCGAUGCGCCCUCGAUCCUGACUCGUAUCAUCAACAAGUACACAGAGGCGACAGAGCGAUAUGCGGAGAGGAACGCCUUGCACGUCAGCAUGAUCGAGCGGGCGGGUUCCGACAGGGCACUUUUUGCCAACACCAGGCCGCAGGAGCAUGUGAACAUGAGGUUUCCAGAGAUCAUGAACCAGGGUUCACCUUUCAAUGUCCCUGCCGGACAGGUCAACAACAUGGAGAAGGUCAUCGAAAAGUUCAAGAAGGAGGCCAACGAGGACAACGAGCGCAAGCUACAGGCUCUGCGGGACGACAACAUCAAGUCUGAGCAGCCAUGGGAGCGAUUCCCCGCACCUGGCCCGGAGAACCAGAGAUGGCCCUCCAAGGGUGUGGGAUCUGUUUAA